GUUAUAUUGCGUGUAACUUCGGAACGUGCCACGCAUGCACGCUAUAUGAUGUGCGCAUACUGAAGUCGAAAUACAAUCUAACCUAAAACCGAACGUCAAAAGAUUUUUGACCGACAUGACUGCGUUAACAGUUAUAGCGAAAUUUUGGCAAGAGUACGCGAAAAGUACGCCAAAAAAACUUAAAAUAAUAGAUGCUUAUCUACUUUAUGUGUUUUUAACGGGUGCCAUACAAUUCGUAUAUUGUUGUCUGGUCGGUACGUUCCCUUUCAAUAGUUUUCUCAGUGGAUUUAUUUCCUGCGUUUCCUGCUUCGUUCUUGGAGUUUGCUUACGGUUACAAGUGAAUCCCAAAAAUAAAAGUCAAUUUCAUGGAAUAAGUCCAGAGAGAGGAUUUGCAGAUUUUAUUUUUGCACAUGUAAUUCUACAUAUUGUUGUUAUGAAUUUCAUUGGUUGAAAAUGAAAAAUGAGAUUUUACUUGUAAAAUUUUGUAAUAAACUGCUAAAAGCAUUAUUGUA